UCCUACCAUGGUACUGAUUAACACGUUUGCGGUACUGACUGUCUUUACCUGUAUCAUAGCUUUAUAUUAUGGCUAUUGGUAUAAUGGUAACCGAGCCAGAAGGGAACUCUUGGAAUCCUACGACUAUAUCAUUGUUGGUGGAGGCACUGCAGGCUCUGUGCUUGGGAGUCGUCUGUCGGAGGAUGAUGACGUCACAGUAGCUCUACUUGAGGCGGGAGAAGCGGCGGACGACGAUCCACGCGUGACAACGCCGUAUUAUUUUCCUAGUUUACAAGGGACAGAACUCGACUGGAAGUUCUACACUACUCCCCAGCAGCAUGCAUUGUUUGGCAUGAAAGACCAGGUAGGGUAUAUACCGCGCGGAAAGCUUCUAGGUGGGUCAAGUAACAUGAAUGCCAUGGCAUAUAACCGCGGAGGGCGCCAUCUGUACGACAAGUGGGAGGCUGACGGAUGUGACGAAUGGAGUUAUGAUGACGUACUUCCGUAUUUCUUGAAGUCAGAAGACAAUCAGAUGUCAAGUUUAGAAAACUCAAAUUAUCAUUCUCUUGGAGGCCCACUUCCCAUUUCCGAGGUGAAGGUCACUCCAUUGGUCGAUCUAUAUGCUGAUUCAUGGAAAGAAAUAGGGGGAAAGGUUAUCCCUGAUAACAAUGGACCAAACCUGAUAGGGUUUUGCACCAUGCAGGCCAAUAUAAAGCACGGGCAACGAUACAGCACAUCGCGUGCAUUUCUACUUCCGGUUAUGCACCGUUCUAACCUAGAUGUCCACACACACAGCCAUGUUACUAAAGUGAUUAUUGAGAAUGGAAGAGCUGUGGGAGUAGAAGUCGAUAAUCAGGGAAGGAGAAGAACUGUCAGAGCGAAGAAGGAAGUAAUACUGUCGGCGGGGGCUGUCCAAUCUCCUCAAAUCCUAAUGCUAUCAGGCGUAGGACCUUCGGAACACCUCAGUCAAUUUGGGAUUCCCGUAGUAGCUGACCUUCCUGUUGGGGAGAACCUGCGAGACCAUUUGAUGUUUGUGUUCCGACAGCUUACAAACACCUCUUAUUCUACUACAGAGGAGGAGGCAGAGUCCGUAAUAGGGCGGCUUCAAUUCCACAUAUUCGGAAAAGGGCCUUUAUCAUACGGAGGUCCAGAGGGAUCAGCAUUCUUCCAUAACGACAGUUCGAUGGAAGCCAAACAACAACCGACAGAUCUUCAGCUCUCCUUUUACAGCAAGUCAGUAUCUACCUCUGGGCAGAACAUGGGCGAAUUCAAUUUUAGGGAGGAGGUGCACAAUCCGUUGCCAGAUGGUAAACAAAGUUUUUCAUAUGGAAUAAUUCUGCUUCAACCGAAGAGUAAAGGCACAAUCCGGCUUCGUUCCAAAGAUCCAUUUGACACUCCACUCAUUGAUCCAAAUUACUUGGCAGAAUCUGAAGAUGUAGACACAUUUUUGAAAGGUAUUCGUCUCUGUGAGAAGUUGGCAGGUACAGCCACCAUGACAAGAAUAGGGACCAGGGCUUCUGAUGCGUGGCACCCCCGGUUCUGUAAGGAACACACAUCUGGGAGUGACGACUAUUGGAGGUGUUUGGUGCGACAUCUAGCAUCCACUCUAAAUCAUCAGGCCUCCACGUGCAGGAUGGGGUCAUUGGAGGACCCGACCACUGUCGUCGACGCAAAGCUGAGGGUGAAGGGUGUGUCCGGGCUAAGAGUGGUAGACGCAUCGGUCAUCCGGGAUCUCUAUUCCGGGUCUCCGCAUGCGCAAGUCAUCAUGAUAGCGGAGAAGGCUGCUGACAUCAUCAGAGACGUGGACACAGUUGGUCAUCUAAGGAAGAGAACUAAAACUAUAUAAUGUAUUCAUGUAUUGUUCUUACCAUCAAUUGGACGAACAGAAUGACAAAAAAGCUAUUUUAGUUUUGUCAUUUGAAUCUCAUUCUUUCGGAAGUGUUAUAGGCCUACAACAAAUUCCAAGUUCAUUGACAUCUGAUGCAUGAAAAUACUUAUCAUGGCUCACAGUUCCCAUAUUGUUGCUUGUAUUCUAUUUAGUUGUUAAACACGCCGAAAAUGCAUGAUCAGCGUUUGUAAUAGUUUCAAACCAUUAGUAAAUACUCUCAUACUUGUUUUUGAAUGGGUCACAUUCGGUUAAAACCAAACUCAUUCGGAGUCACUGCACCGAUAUUAAUAUUGCUGUGUGUUGCACAUUUUUUUUUUUUUUUUUUUUUUUACGAUCUUUUAUUUUGUACUGACCGAGCCGCCAUGCUGUUUCUUUGAUCGAAAUUUAAAAGAUGAAGCUGCGAGUGCUUUUUGUUAUCAUUUUAAUACUAUUUGAGCGGUGUUACACAACAAUUUGUGCAUGGAUGGGUUCAUGUAUCAUCAGGGCAAAACCUGCUACAGAAAACAUGGCUCUUAAAAAGAAGAGGUCGCAGAUUUCGCAAGGCAAUCAGACCAACUAUGACAUCUGAUACGUAAUGUAUUCAUAAAUUGAAAUUCAGUUCAUGCAUUAUAUUUAACCAAUAUGGCAAAUGUCAUGUUUGUACAUUUCAAAAUACAAUAUUGUAAGAAUGUGUAAACGAAGUCGUAUAGACUCAAAUGUACAUGUAUGUAGGUCAAACCUCAAUUCUGACACAGAUUUAACAACUCCAGGUAGAAUUUCCCUAACUUCAUCACUCUAUUAAUCUUACCACAAGAAAACUGUGAAAUAAACCUAUCGAGGGAAAAGUGUCAUCUUUUCUAAAUCUGCAAGACCUACCAUGUGCUCUAGUGACAAAGUCAGUGUGCAAGUACAAAAUAAUACAAACCUUCGGAUCGCUGAAUUACGAUAUGUUUUAUUUGGGUUAUGCAGUGAAACGGACUGUUUGCUAUUAUGUUUUGAAGCUUAAAAUGUUCCAAAAUCACUGAGAAGUGACGUCAUCCAACUGACAAAACAUGUCUAUUUUUGAAAAAAAACCAAAACAUUGAUGUGUUGUUGAUAAUAAUAGAAUGUGUUCUCUCAAGAAACUGUACUCCGCUAUUUUUGUGUUUGAAAGGUAUAGAGUUACUAGGUUAUAAACUGAACAUGUCAAUAUUAGGGCACGUAACAGAGACCUCAGACAAACUCCAUGUCGCUUUUCUCUUUCCUCAAAAGUGCCUGUGUAUACCUAUAUCAAUAGUUGUGAUUUUAUUUGAUCGAAUUCAUUUGAUAAUCAGUUUUUGUUGAUGUUACUAUAAAGGUAGUGGUCACCAUAAUAAAACAGAGUAAAGAUGUUAAAAUAUAAUAUAAUAUAAUGCAAUAUAAUAUAAUAUAUAUCUAAUAUAAUUAUACGUUAACAUGUCGCUCUGAGACUCCUCUGGAUUUUUUUUUAAAGCAGUGUUGAUAACAUGUUAUGCUCUGUCAGGUCUGUCGAUGUAAAAUGCAAUGGCCUCGUGGUCUGAUUCCAUUGAAUACAUCUUGGUAAAUAAUUCUGAUGUAGACAUUUUGACCAUCAUAAUUUAUCUUCCUACAUUAAAUUGUUUUUGUGCCUUUUUAUCAAUACUUCAUCUUUUAAAACGUAACAUUUCCAAAUAAUAUGGGUGAAACGACAUUUUCAGCUUAGAUAAGCUUACAAGUACUGGUUUAUAGAACAAGCCACUAUACUUAAUUACUUUUUUGUCUUUCAUGGUAUUUUUAACUCCUGGUUUUUAGAUUUAAUUACAUUUGACGACUAUUCAAAUGUUAUUUGAUCAUUUUUAUUUGUCCAUUUCACAAGCUUUAUUGCCACUUGCUGUACAAAACGUAACCAGUACACAUGUCCAUUGGCUUCUGGAACCUUUAUAUCAACUGUUAUUAAACUAUCCUGUUAAUAAAUCUGUUUAAAAUUC